UCAGCUGUCAUAAGUGUAUUGUUAAUUUUGAUGGUAUAGUGAACUCUAAUUAGCAAUUUUUUUAAUUUUUUCAAAUUGUUGGUCGAAAAUCAAAGUAAAAUUAAAAUGGAAGAUACUGUUGAUAAUUCGGGUGUACGUUUUUCCCCGAGAGAAAAUAAAAGAAAAGCUUAUUGUUGUGUUUAUGGGUGUAAGAGUAAAGCUUAUAGGGAUCCAGAUGUUCGAUUUCAUUUUUUUCCAAAAAAAAAUAAUUUCGUGAAAAUUACUAAUGCUUUUGGUGAAGAAGAAAAAGUUGAAUGCAGAAAAAUGUGGCAAAUCAUUUUGAAAAUUGGAAAAACUGUUACAGAUCACAUGCAAGUUUGUUCUUUACAUUUUAAAAAAUCAGAUUAUUUUUUACCAGAUCUAGGUUCCAAAGGUAAAAGACGGUUAAAACAAAAUGCAGUUCCUUUGUAUAAUUUACCCUGCACAGACAAAACACGACGAUUAAUCAACAAUAAAAACAAUGACAGAGAGGCAAGAAAAUUACGGAGAGAUAAACGUAGGAAUGAAUUAUUUCCAACAGAUCUAUCUAAUCAUCAAAACCUAGAUGUAUCAGAGGACUUACAUACUAAUAAUAUGACAGAUGAACCAGAUGAUCAAGAUGCAAACAGCUUUAUAAAUUCAGUUGAAGCUACAUCCCUGUUAAAAGAAAGUAACGAAAUUUCGGCUACAAAACGUUUAGUUGAUAUUGGUGUUCAGGUCAAAAGUGGUGAUUUAAUUACAAAUUUUUGUGAUAUUAUAAAGACUGAAAUGGAGCUUAAUACACUAACUGGGAUUAUUAAUUUUGAUGUUUUAAAUGUUAUUACCGACGUUGUUAAGGAUGGUUUUCCAAAAUACAGACUUGAAAUGAUGCAGCUCCGAAGUAAAAUUAUUAUGACAUUUAUAAAGUUGAAGCAUAAUCUAUCAUAUGCAAUUUUAACUGUUUUGUUUAAAUGUUCUUCAGUAUCACAUUGUCGAAAAGUAAUUCUCAAAACAAUCGAUAUGCUCUAUGUCUGUUUAAGAGAAGGCAUUCCUUUUCCAGAUAAAGACGAAAUUUCUAGAAACCUUCCGGCAUGCUUCGAUGAUUUUAGAAAUGUGAGAAUUGUUCUAGACUGUACUGAAAUAUUUAUUCAAAGACCAAAAUCGUUAUGCUGUCAGCAAUCAACUUAUUCUCGAUACAAAAGCACCUACACUAUAAAAUUUAUGACUGGAGUAACUCCUGGAGGAAUAUUAUCAUUUAUUAGUCCAAUGUAUGGGGGAAGAGUUUCAGAUGAUGCAAUAUUUGAGCAAUCCAAAAUUUUAGAUCAUUUAGAAAAAGGUGAAGCAGUGAUGGUUGAUAAAGGCUUUCGAAUUGAUAAAUUAUGUAUGGAAAAAGAUAUUCAGCUCAUAAGGCCUCCAUUCAAAAAAGAGCAGCUCCAAUUUUCUAGAGAAGAAUCACGAUUAAAUGCCAAAAUAGCGAGAGCUCGUGUGCACGUGGAACGUUCUAAUCAACGACUUAAAGUCUUUAAAGUUUUGGGCUCGCGAAUGCCAAUUGGCUUAGUAAAAAAGGGUAAAGAAAUUUUAACAAUUAUUGGCGCAGUUGUCAAUUUAAGCUCUCCAAUUUUAAAGGAUGAUAAAUUUUUAUCAGAAAAUUAAUAUUUUCAUCAA